AUGACCAGUCCGAAACGAGGUAGCUUGAGCGAUAAAGAGAAUAUCAUUCACCCUACUCCUUCUCAUCCACACGCUGUUUCGCCACGCAAAAGGCGGUCAUCGUCCAUCAUCCAACAUCUCGAACCAGAUACGUUAGAUACAAAGAUCGAUCAAUCACUAAACCCAAAUUUGAAUGCCGAUUGGGUCCAUUACAAAGGUGCAUGGGUUAUUCAUAUUGUGUUGAUAAUUCUUCUCAAACUUUUCUUGGACAUCUUGACCGUAUUAGAUAAUGACUGGAGAUGGGCAUUGACAAACGUUAUUUAUGACAUUGGAUCAUACAUCAUGUUCCACCAAGUCAAAGGUACGCCCUUUGAAUUCAAUUCUGGAGCAUACGACAACUUAACUAUGUGGGAGCAAAUUGACAAUGGGGACCAGUAUACUCCCACGAAAAAAUUUUUAAUGAUUGUGCCUAUAGCGUUGUUCUUGGUCUCAACUCAUUAUUCGAAUUACAACCUUUACCUGUUUACGGUAAGCGGUAUAAGUUGUUUAUGUGUCGUGGUUCCAAAAUUGGCCAUUGCACAUAGAUUGAGAGUAACACUUUACUAA